CUCACCGGCCGUGCCAUUGACACCGAAGAACCUUCCCACGUUUCAGUUUCGUCCCAAAAAACAUGACAGGUGUUUGUUCCAGUACGGGCGCGUAGGCGUAGCGCGUAAUUUUUCGUUCCCAACACCACCCAAUCAUCCAUCAAGGAUUUGGGCAGUUCGCCCCCGGCAAAAAUUUAUAUUACAACCAUGGCCGUCUCCUCCCCUUUCUCGGAACGCCGCUGUAUCGUCGCCGCUUUUCUAUACACGUUAACCGGAGACCAGUCGUAGAAAAGACAAUAAGCCGAAACAAACGUUCGAGUGUGCGACAUCAACAAAGAUUUGGUAGUAAAAUUGUUAUUACUGCUUUGAUCCUUAUAACGCUUUGUCACUUGUGACCGCAAAUCUUUUUUUCGAUUCUCCGGUGAAUCAACUUAGAUCUCCUCAUUGAAUUUCCCUAAUUCAAUUGUUCCCUUCCUUUUCUUUCUCAUUUCGUGUUGUUUUCAUUUGAUCUGGUUGCUAUUGUUGGAUUCGUUGCUGUUUAAUCGAGUAGAGAAUUUUUGUGGGAACCAUGGAAAUCGGAUCAGACUAUGGGAUGAAGUAGGGUUUCUCUGUGCUUCACAAUUUGAAUUAUGGCGUCGUUUCGGCGAAGUCAAUCCAUUGCGUAUUACGACCGUUCUUACCAGAAUGGGGGGAAUCCUUUGUCGAUUUCAUCUCCGUCCCAUAAGAUUAUCGCUGGUCCAAAUUAUUCGUCGUCACCUUCCCUGUCCUUUUCCGUAUUGGCAGCUAGAAUUUGGCGAUUUCUGGCGGCAAUUUUUCCGCUGAGACACUCCCGCAAGGGUCAUCAGACGUGGAAACGGUCGUUGUAUAGUUUUUUGCUAUGUUUCGUUAUUGGUCUGUUGCUUGGAUUGGCUCCAUUUUGGAAUGUGGAUGAUAUCAACAGCCAUCGCAUCUCCUUCGAGAUUAGACCCCCUACGGUUAAUCUGCAACAGGACCUCCGAGUCGUUGCCAGACAGGAAAAUGUCGUGAUGGAGACGGUGAAUUUAGGUCUUGAGACAAAACAAGAGGUGGUGGAGAGAUUCGAUUUCAUCCCCCAGAAGCAGCUGAUAGUUGUAACUCCCACAUACAAUCGGGCACUCCAGGCAUUCUAUCUCAACCGCUUGGCACACACGUUAAGUCUUGUUCCCCCACCCCUGCUGUGGAUUGUCGUGGAGAUGAACUCAGCUUCAACGGAGACUGCUGAGAUACUAAGGAAAAGCAGUGUCAUGUAUAGACACCUGGUGUGCACCAAGAAUUUGACGAAUAUAAAAGACAGAGGCGUUCACCAGCGGAACACGGCACUCGAGCAUAUUGAACACCAUAGACUGGAUGGUAUUGUCUACUUUGCAGAUGAUGAUAACAUCUAUUCUCUUCAGCUAUUUGAAAGCAUAAGAGAAAUCAGGCGUUUUGGCACUUGGCCUGUUUCCAUGCUCACUCAAAGCAAAAACAAGGCAAUACUGGAAGGCCCGGUCUGCAAUGGAAGUCAAGUAAUUGGAUGGCACACAAAUGAGAAGAGCAAGAAGCUUAGAAGGUUUCAUGUUGAUAUGUCAGGAUUUGCUUUCAACAGCACCAUUCUCUGGAACCCCAAGAUAUGGCAUCGCCCUGUGUUAGAUCCUAUACGUCAGCUUGACACAGUGAAGGAAGGGUUUCAAGAGACUACAUUUAUAGAGCAGGUGGUGGAAGAUGAAAGUCAAAUGGAAGGCAUACCCCAUGGGUGUGGCAGGGUUUUGAAUUGGCAUCUUCAUUUGGAAGCUCAUGGUCUUGUUCAUCCCAGAGGUUGGCGGUUACAGAAGAACCUGGAUGUUAUACUUCCUCUGAAGUGAAGAAAAUCAGCUGCUUAAUUAUUUUGUCAAUGAAACAGUGGCUUUAACAAUAUCUAGUUCUUGUGGGCUUCCUCAUCCCGCAGCACACAAUUGUUAGUGCCUCCACUGUCGACCAUCAACAGCAGUAGCAGCAUUAGCAUAUAACAGCACAACAGCAACAGUCCAGAAGAGAAUCAGUGUUCUUUUGUAUCUUUUAAAAUUUUUCUGCUUUAUAUUCUUUUGCGGGAAGCAGUAUUCAAUCUUGCUGUAGAGUUGAUGUUGCUUUUGUGAUGUACUUGUAAAUUUUUUUUGCACUGGAAUACUGGAUUUCUGACUCAAAUCAUGCACACCAAAAUUUCUGGUUUGUGCCAAUACCCUAUCUUUUGGUAGGCCUUGUAUCAAAAUCAAGUGAGAGCCAUUUUAUAGAUCGGUUUUUUUUUUUGUGUGUGUUUCAAGGAAAAAUUGUGCUACAAAUCUAGCUUUGUUCCAGCAAUUUGGACUAGUUCUUGUAUUCUGUAGUCCCUUUGGAUUUGGGGCGUUUAAUAGAUAAUCAUAUAA